CGUGGACUUCGCACUUCCGGCUCGGACCGCGAAUCGAGAGAAGCCAAAGAAAGUGAACUCCUACUCAGAAACAGUAGUUAGCACGAGUUGGGCAUUUGAUUAUUUUAAGACAAGUUAGGCAGUUUGUUAUAUAAAUAACCCCAAAGAAUUUUCGAGAAACUAUGGCCGAGAGUGACUGGGAUACAGUGACCGUGCUGAGGAAGAAAGGAUCCGCGUCGCAGGCCAAAUCCAGACAGGCAGUAACAGCAGCCCAGAGACGAGGAGAGGACGUGGAGACUACAAAGAAGUGGGCUGCAGGUCAGAAUAAACAGCAUGUUGUUACUAAGAACACAGCCAAACUGGACAGAGAAACAGAGGAGCUCCAUCACGACCGAGUACCUCUGGAGGUGGGCAAAGUCAUACAACAGGGCCGUCAAAACAAAGGCUUAACCCAGAAGGAUCUGGCCACAAAAAUCAAUGAGAAGCCACAGGUAAUUGCAGAUUAUGAAUCAGGAAAGGCCAUCCCCAAUAAUCAAGUAAUGGGAAAGAUUGAGAGAGCUAUCGGACUUAAACUGCGUGGAAGGGAAAUUGGGCAGCCCAUCAGUGCCGAGCCCAAGAAGAAAUGAAUAUAAAAUCCUCGAAAUCCACCACAUAGCAUGCAGGAUCUUUCACUAUUCUGGCCUUACAGUCCAUUUUCACAUGCUGCAGCCUCAUUAAUUCCCUUUAAAACAGUAAUAAAACUGCUUAUUCAAGUGGUGGACCAAAUGUCAGUUUAUUGACAAUAUAAUGAAAUGGUAAGCAUCUUUGCAUACACAAUACUGCUCUUUUUUUUCCUUUAAUUUAGACAGGCUGAACUGUCUUCUGUUGUGUACAUUUACUUAAUUUUAUGCUUGCGUUAAAGUUGAAAUAAAUUUUGAAAUUUCAAUGAA